AUGCAUCGGAAUGUGCGGAUAAUCAACGCGUUUUAUUAUGGACAAUACUUGGUGCAACUCAGUUUCUGGGCCAUUCAACCCGUUUUCAUACUCUACGGAGCUGUUGAUGGUAUGCUUAUGAGUUCAAUAAGAUUAAUCUUGUUCGUGUCUGCUCGAAAAUCCUAUCAUCCAUCUGUUCAAUGACCACAAAUUUUGUUCAAAAAAGUGAAUUGAAGGCAGAAAAGCUAAUAUAUACGAAAGCUAAUAAAACUCACGUCACUUCAGAUCGUAACAAAUUCUCAAAUGAACUCUUCACGUUGUGCAGCUAUGUCAGAAUUUGUGGAAUGUUCUAUGGUAACAGCUAAUAUCAAAAGUGGUUGAGUUGACCUAAAUUACAGCUUUCUGUGCACUUCCGGCAAUGGUCAUCGAACGGAGUUUCGCCACUUUUCUCGUGGAGGAUUACGAGCGGAAGCCGAACGCUUGCAUCGGAAACACGACGGUUCUGAUUCAAUGGACGAUCGCCAUUGGAGUGGGAAUCCAUUUCAACAAAGGUAUCACUCAUGGUUUUCAUGUUUCGAGUCUGAUUUCAUGAGAAUUCGUCAAUAUAACGACAAAGUGAUUCAGUUAAUCCCUUUGAUUCCAUUCGAAUGUUCAUUUUGAAUCAAAGAGUCAAUGUGUACCGAAAACCCCCUCAAAGUGAACUUUUCAGCAAAAAGUACAUUGGAGCACACGGUUGGAGCAAUAGUCGCGAAUUUUUUGGCGGUUUUGGUGAGUCAAGUGACAGAAACCUCAUUCGCAACACAAACAAUAUUGUUCAGCUGAACAAUUUCAAUGAGCGGGUGAACUCAAAGUACUAUUACGCACUGGACAGGGUCACUUACUCACUUUCGGAGAGAUUUCAGAUAACCGAGAACAUUCGGGUGGCAAAGGUGAGUGAGUCGUCAUGAACGAACUGAAUAUCUCAAGGUUUGUUCAGAUGUUCAACAUCAUAGUAUGGUCAAUCGGCUUCUUCAAUAUAAUUGUGAACGCCUGUUUGAUAAUGGACAACUACGACGUUCCGAUUACAGUGAGAAACAUUGCAUCUGUCUCUUGCGACUUUUCCAUUUUGAGGUAACAGACUUCGAUCAAACUGUUCCAUCCCAAAUGUUUCAGCUACGGACUCAUAGUUCCAGUGAUUCAUUAUCAACAGACUGAAUCUUGGAAAAAGCGAGUUUCAGUGAUAUUGGUACGACAAGAUUCAUUUUGCGAUAACUUUAAUGCUUGCAGAAAAGUUGCUUCCAAACAAGGAAAGUGGGUCCGUUGAAAGAUACAUUUGGGCAAGAGAUGACGUCACAAACGGCCGGACAGGAGACCACUCGGUACUUUGAGAUGCUUUCGAAUCAGUGGAAGUGA